CCAGCAGCAGCAGAGGCAGCAGGAGCCGGAGGAGGACGGAGCCCCGGCCGGGAAGGAGAUCAUGAGCCCCCCGGGAGGCUACCUCCUCCUCCGCUCCCUCCUCCUCCUCGUCUUCGCCGCCUUCUCUGCCAACGCCAGCAACUGGCUGUAUUUGGCAAAGCUGUCAUCGGUGGGGAGCAUCUCAGAGGAGGAGACCUGUGAAAAGCUCAAGGGCCUGAUCCAGCGCCAAGUGCAAAUGUGCAAAAGGAACCUCGAAGUCAUGGACUCGGUGCGCCGGGGGGCACAGCUCGCCAUAGAGGAGUGCCAGUUUCAAUUCCGCAACCGCCGCUGGAACUGCUCCACGCUGGAUAGUCUGCCAGUCUUUGGCAAAGUGGUAACUCAAGGGACACGGGAGGCGGCCUUUGUGUACGCCAUUUCCUCCGCUGGCGUCGCCUUCGCCGUGACGAGGGCUUGCAGCAGCGGAGAACUCGACAAAUGUGGCUGUGACAGGACAGUGCAUGGCGUCAGCCCGCAAGGCUUCCAAUGGUCCGGCUGUUCCGACAACAUCGCCUACGGAGUGGCUUUUUCCCAGUCUUUCGUCGACGUCAGAGAAAGGAGCAAAGGAGCUUCCUCCAGCAGGGCACUCAUGAACCUUCAUAACAAUGAAGCUGGAAGGAAGGCCAUCCUGAACAACAUGCGAGUGGAGUGCAAAUGCCACGGAGUGUCGGGCUCCUGCGAGGUGAAGACCUGCUGGAAAGCUAUGCCUCCCUUCCGGAAAGUAGGCAACGUGUUGAAGGAAAAGUUUGACGGGGCCACGGAGGUGGAGCAGAGGAAGACUGGCUCCACUAAAGUGCUGGUCCCCAAGAAUUCCCAGUUCAAGCCGCACACAGACGAGGAUCUGGUCUACCUGGACUCCAGCCCCGAUUUCUGUGACCAUGACUUAAAGAACGGCGUCCUGGGCACCAGCGGAAGGCACUGCAACAAGACCUCUAAGGCCAUAGACGGCUGCGAGUUGAUGUGCUGCGGCCGUGGCUUCCACACGGACGAAGUGGAGGUGGUUGAGCGGUGCAGCUGCAAGUUCCACUGGUGCUGCUUUGUCAAGUGUAAACAGUGCCACCGAGUCGUGGAAAUGCACACUUGUCGGUGACAUGGGACGCGGAGCCUCUGUCGCGCCUUGGAUCCGACAGAGGCGGCCUCAGAGACAAUGCGGGAGAGGGCCUUGGGAGAAACUGCAAAAGAGGAAUCAGAUCUUUUUUUAAAAAAAGAAAAAUAUUUAA